AUGUCCUGGCAAUAUAAGCUCGCAUCCAGCGUGCGGGCGGCUCCGCUUCGGGCGCUGGCAACCCGGCCCAAUGGCCUCCUAUAUCGCCCGGCAGCCAGUGGCACUGCGGGGUGUCUCUCCACUAAGCCAGAGGCCAUCAUGACUCCAACCACCGUCUCAUAUACCGCGAAGCGAACUCUCUCGGCUUUCCAGACCCAAAAAUGCCUCAACAUCGACAACAUCAACCAGAACGUCAGGGAGGCUAAGUACGCUGUGCGCGGUGAACUCGCUGUCAGGGCCGAGAGCUACCGUCACCGUCUGGCUGAUGGCGAUAAGUCUCUGCCUUUCGAGAGCGUGAUUUUUGCCAACAUCGGAAAUCCCCAGCAGCUCGACCAGAAGCCUAUCACUUUCUUCCGCCAGGUCCUCAGUAUCGUCGAGAACCCGUUGUUGUUGGAGAACACCCAGGCUCUCAAGGAGUCAUUUGGAUAUAAGCAGGACGUGAUCGACCGAGCCCAGGCUCUGUUGGCCAAUGUACAGAGCGUUGGUGCCUACAGUCACAGUCAGGGUGCCCCAGGCAUCCGGGACAGCGUCGCCAAGUUCAUCGAGAAGCGUGAUGGCUUCCCUUGCAACCCUCAGGAUCUUUUCCUGACUACCGGCGCUUCAUCUGGUGUGAGCACUAUCUUGAACAUUAUCUGCAAUGAUCCCAAGGCCGGUAUUCUGGUCCCCAUCCCUCAGUACCCUCUCUACACCGCGACCUUGUCCCUACUGAAUGCCCGCUGUGUGCCCUACCUCCUCGAGGAGGAGAAGGCAUGGGGUACCGACGUCAACGCGAUCCUCAAGUCCAUCGAGGAGGCCAAGGCUGCUGGCACUGACGUGCGCGCCGUUGUUGUAAUCAACCCUGGUAACCCCACCGGUGCCUCCCUGAGCGCCGACGACAUCAAGAAGGUUCUUGACAUUGCCGCAGAGGAGAGCCUUGUUGUCAUUGCCGACGAGGUCUACCAGACCAACGUCUUCAAGGGCGAGUUCGUCUCCUUCAAGAAGCGCCUACGUCAGCUCCAGAAGGAGCAGCCUGGCAAGUACGACGACGUUGAGCUGGUCUCGCUGCACAGUAUCUCCAAGGGUAUGGUCGGCGAGUGCGGUCACCGCGGUGGCUACUUCGAGCUCGUCGGCUUCGAUGCCGAGGUCCAGGAGCAGGUCUACAAGCUUGCCAGCAUUUCCCUGUGCCCGCCGGUCGUCGCGCAGUGUCUGCUCGAGUGCAUGGUCAACCCUCCCCUGGAGGGCGAGCCCAGCUACGAGCUUUACCAGAAGGAGUACACCGGUAUUUCCGAGGGUCUGCACAAGCGUGCCCUUGCCUUGUUCAACGCUUUCCAGCGCAUGGAGGGCGUUGAGAUUCAGGAGCCUCAAGGUGCCAUGUAUCUCUUCCCCACCAUCAACCUCCCUGCAAAGGCCGUCGAAGCCGCCAAGGCCGAGAACCGCGCUGCCGAUGAGUUCUACUGCCUCGCUAUGCUCGACGCCACAGGUGUCUGUGUUGUCCCUGGUUCUGGCUUCGGUCAGAAGGAGAACACUUUCCACUUCCGCACAACCUUCCUUGCCCCUGGCACUGACUGGGUUGAGCGCAUUGUUAAGUUCCACUCUGAGUUCAUGGACAAGUACCGAUGA